AUGAUUGACUUAUUUGAACGACAAAGGUUUUGUUUGCGUGUAAUGGGGCAUAAUUUUGUACGUGAUAGAUCACAACAAAGCCGGCGGUGGCACAACACAAGAUGUACAUACAAAUACAUACUAUGUCUGUUCCUGGUGGUGUCGGCCCAAGUGCCAAUGAUAAAUUACACAAUUUAUUAUAUCGACCAUGUGGAGUUGGCAACGGCAAGUCUUAGCAUAUGCUUCACCAACAUAUUGACCACCGUCAAGAUAAUAACAUUUCUUCUUUAUAAAUGGGAGUUUGCCGCAUUGAUGGAGGAACUGGAGGAAAUGUACUACGAAGUGCGAAAAGCGGAAAUUAAAGUGAAAUUAAAACGUGACAAUGACUACGCGAGAAACUUAACCAGAAUGUAUUGGAACUCGUGUUGCUGUACCGGUUUGUACUUUAUGACCACACCCAUUUUGAAGAUUAUUUGGUCAAAGCUGAAAGACAUGGAUGUCUCAUUCGAGCUACCGAUGCCAAUGCGAUUUUCUUUUGAUUUCGAAUCUACACCAGGCUAUCAAUUUUGUUAUAUUUAUACGGGUCUGACUACAUUGGUGGUAAUCGCGUAUGCUGUCGCCAUAGAUGGCCUCUUCAUAGGAUACACGAUUAAUUUGAAGGCGCAUUUUAUAGCCUUGCAGAGCGUUAUUGAAACAAACAAUUUUUUAAAAUCCGAAAGGCAACUACAACGAGACCUAUCCUCCUGCGUAGGAUAUCAUAACAAGAUACUAAGUUUAGCUUUUAAAUUGCGCGAUAUUUAUCGACCAAUUAUUUUCGCACAAUUUCUAAUGACCUCGUUGCAAGUUUGCGUUAUAGUCUAUCAAAUGGUCACCCACAUUAACGCGCAGCACAUCUUUUUAAAAAAUUGUCUAUUCCUUUGCUCAAUCUUACUGCAGUUAUUCAUCUAUUGUUACGGAGGCGAGAUAUUGAAACUGGAGAGUCUUAGGGUCGGUGUUUCAGUGCAAAUUUCUCAUUGGUAUAAUUUGAAGCCAUCUCAUCGUCGCAUGUUGUGUUUGUUAAUGCUGCGUUCGCAACGUGAAGCCAUUAUAAAGGCCGGCUUUUAUGAAGCAUCUUUAGCCAACUUUAUGGCGAUUUUAAAAGCGGCCAUGUCGUAUAUAACACUAAUACAAUCUAUUGAAUAA